AUGACCGACAACUCGGAGAAAUUCAAGGGGCUCUAUCUUUUCUUCCUUAUGUUUGGAUCCGUCUACCACGGCCUGCGCAUUGGGCUACUAAUCGACUAUCUAAUCGUAAAGUGGCGCCAAUUUAUGGUUCAUAUUCGACAGUUCCAGAAGGCGCGCCACCAGCGUCGAAGAAAGCGCGCCAAACAUCGAAACUACCCCAACUGCAACUUUUCGUCUAUUUCAUCAGCGUCAUCAUCAUCAUCUUCUGAUGAAUGGGAUGUAAACGAUUUCUGGCAACAUCAGCAGCGCCAAGCACGUCCAAGGAAACGCUCAGGGUGCUUGAGGCUGGAUUCUUCAUCAUCGGGUUCCGAGAAGAGCAAGGAACACGACAUGGGGAAAGUGGAUGGGAAUUUGAGAAGUGAAAAUGAAUCAGAGAGGCUUUGGCCCAGAGCUCAAGUCUUCCCGAGCCGGGGCCUCUGUGACCUGAACGAAAUACCAUUUUCUGGGCAAAAUCCAUGCACAUACGGCUGUACUUGUGGCCUCGUAAGAUCAAUGGCUGAAGAAGAUUUUGGUGUAUCAGCUGAUUGUAAAGUCUUUAAUGAUCAUCUUACAAGUAAAACUGCCUUGGAAACAAAGGCGGAUCCUGCCUGUGCUAUUAUCCCUCCCAUCGAGUCUGGCUACAAGCAAGCUGUUACAACUCCUGAACUCGACCCCUUCUCGUUGACCUGCCCUACUAGAGCCGAGGUGUCUCAUCAAGUCUACCCAUCUCCUCCACCCAGACCACCACCACCCAGCCACAUAACACGUACCUCCUUUUUGGCUAGGAGAAUGCACGAGUCUUCGUCUCUUGGACACCUUACAAACUCAUUAGACAAAGAGAUGAAUCGAGGUGGAGAAGAAGAGGAAAUAAAUCCUGCGCACCGGCAGGGGGAAAGUUGUGAGCAUGACAAAAUUUCAAGGUUGGAUUUCAGCAUCUCGAUGAGUAAUGAAGCAGACCUGGUCUCGCUAACCGAGAUAACACUCAUUCCACUUGAAGCUCAACUUUAA